GAUGAACGUGACUGGAAUUUUGUCUCUCGGACAACACUGCGCAAACUCAUCAGGACAACUUCGUGAAGAAAGACGGAUGCUGUGUGUACGCGGAUGCCCAAAGUGAACCUCGAAAAGUAUACUGAGAACAGAAUACAGAAGUGUGAAUAACUUGAGAGUCUUGCUCUGAUACCAUUAACUUUUUACAUGAAUGUGAAUGGUGAGUCUCGUUGCCACGGAUUAAACGGCCACUGGGAGUCUGACCGAGGCGGGGAACGUCAUCACAUCAGCAGGUAACGUUACACGGCAUAGCCUCCUAACAAUCAGCGGAACAAAAGUCAUCUAGCUGAACGAAGUUACCCCAGCUAAACCACCAAAAUAUAUCCUAGUCACAAGAGUGGUUAUAAAGAUCUCAUCGAUUUUCUAAAUCCUUAUCCAGGACCGCUGGGCUUCUGCCUUCCCAGCCACUGGUUUGUUAAUGUUAGCUAACAAGCUAACCUAUGUGAACAAAAAGUAUCGCAACAAUUAACGAUUUUACCGAGUUACAGUUCAUAUAAGGAAAUCAAUCAAUUGAAAUAAAUUUGGACCUAAUCUAUUAGUUUCACAUGACUGGGGAUACAGAUAUGCAUCCAUUGGUCACAGAUAUCUUAAAGAAAAAGGUAAGGGGGUGGAUCAGAAAACCAGUCAGUAUUUGGUGUGACCACCAUUUCCCUCAUGCAACAAGAUGCAUCACAUUCACAUAGAGUUGAUGAGACUGGUGAUUGUGGAAUGUUGUCCCAAUCAUUUCUGAUGGCUGUGCGAAGUUGCUGGAUAUCAAAUAAAAUGUUAUUUGUCACAUACACAUGGUUAGCAGAUGUUAAUACGAGUGUAGCGAAAUGCUUGUGCUUCUAGUUCCGACAAUGCAGUAAUAACCAACGAGUAAUCUAACCUAACAAUUCCACAACUACUACCUUAUACACACAAGUGUAAAGGGAUAAAGAAUAUGUACAUAAAGAUAUAGGAAUGAGUGAUGGUACAGAACGGCAUAGGCAAGAUGCAGUAGAUGGUAUCGGGUACAGUAUAUACAUAUGAGAUGAGUAAUGUAGGGUAUGUAAACAUAAAAGUGCAUAGUUUAAAGUGGCUAGUGAUACAUGUAUUACAUAAAGAUGGCAAGAUGCAGUAGAUGAUAUAGAGUACAGUAUAUACAUUAUAUUAAGUGGCAUUGUUUAAAGUGGCUAGUGAUACAUUUUUGAUCAAUUUCCAUUAUUAAAGUGAGCUGGAGUUGAGUCAGUAUGUUGGCAGCAGCCACUCGAUGUUAGUGGUGGCUGUUAAACAGUAUAUUGUCGGGAACUGGAGCACGCUGUCGUACACAUCGAUGCAGAGCAUCCCAAACAUGCUCAAUGGGUGACAUGUAUGUAGGCCAUGGUAGAACUGGAACAUUUUCAGCUUCCAUGAAUUGUGUACAGAUCCUUGCCAUUAUCAUGCUGAUACAUGAGGUGAUAUCAUCAGGAUGAAUAGCAGGACAAUGGGCCUAAGGAUCCUGUCACGGUAUCUCUGUGCAUUCAAAUUGCCAUCGAUAAAAUGCUAUUGUGUUUGUUGUCCGUAGCCUAUGCCUGCCCAUACCAUAACCCACCAUGGGGCACUCUGUUUACAACGUUGACAUCAGAAAACCGCUUGCCCACACGGCUUACACGUCUUCUGCGGUUGUGAGGCCGGUUGGACAUACUGCCAAAUUCUCUAAAAUGAUGUUGGAGGCGCAUUAUGGUAGAGGAAUUAACAUGACAUUUUCUGGCAACAGCUCUGGUGGACAUUCCUGCAGUCAGCAUGCCAAUUGCAUGCUCCCUUAACUUGAGACAUCUGUGGCAUUGUGUGACAACUGCACACUUUAGUGGCCUUUUAUUGUCCCCAGCACAAGGUGCACCUGUUUAAUGAUCAUGACGUUUAAUGAUCUUGAUAUGCCACACCGGUCAGGUGGAUGGAUUAUCUUGGAAAGGGAGUAAUCCUCACUAACAGGGAUUUAAACAAAUUUGUGCCCACAAUUUGAGAGAAAUAAGCUUUUUGUGUGGAUGAAAGAUUUCUGGGAUCUUUUAUUUCAGCUCAUGAAACAUGGGACCAACACUUACAUGCACUAACAUGUUGCGUUUUAUAUUUUUGUUCAGUCUGGAUUUGGUUCUGCCUAGCCCUAUGUCAUGACUCUCAGUUCCAUUACACAUAAUACGAGUAAUUGUACAAAGGCAUCUUCUGUAGAGGGACGUUUUGUUAAGAUCCCCGUCACGCGGUCUGAACAUUAACAUGCAUCGCUUGCGGUAAGGUUUUGGAAGCAUAUGGACCUUUCAUAUCAGCAAGAAAUCAUUUUCAGAAAACUAAAGUUUACAUUUAUACACACCUUGAUAGGGUUAGUGUUCCCACACUGCCAUAUCUCAAUGUUACAGCGCUUGUUUACGGAAAACAGACUGAAGACAAAAGCUGACCACCUGUGCAAAUUAGCAAUCUAGCAUGCUCCGAACACUUGUGUGUAAGCAUAACUUGAAGUGUAGUUUGGUAGGAUGGAAGCACCCAUAGCUGUAUGGAACUGUGCAAAAGUAAGUAAGUGUACUAUAGUAAGUGUAUCUUCUUUAUCUGAAGGAUUGUUUCUCGCUGAUGAGUGAUGAGGGCCAUAUCGCAAGCGAUGAUUUGACGUUUACAAACGUUAAAACACAGAGUCGGGGUUGUAGUUCACACAAGGCAGUCUGGGGUGAAGCUAAUGGCUGAGAACUGUAGGGGGUUUGAGAGCUAUGAUUCUGCUUAUCUCACACAUGCAUAAGUAGCAGUCUUUGCUGUUCUAUAGUGUAAACUACUUGGUUAUCAGCCAUAGAACCAUAGGUAUGAAUAUCAAAUUGUUUUUAAGAAUAAGUUUCAACUAACCUGGUAUUGGCGACACUAUCCUCAUUCUCGAUUCGGCAAAACAUGUAUCUUCAAAAAUGUCCAGUUGCAGGUGGUGCGUUUUGAAUUUCGAAAAUGCUCCGUUGUUAAAAUGAAUAAAUGUUUUUCUCCAUGAAGUAAUCUAACAAUAUGUACGCCGCCAUCUUGUCUAUUUCAAAUCUUCUCUCACUGAUCGAGACAUGAGUGUCAUCAUGACAUGCGACACUUUGGGGUGGACCCGUCUAUCUCAGUCAUUACCAGGUUAGUUGAAAAACCUCUGGCAACGUUUUCUAACUCGCAGUAAUGGAUACCAAAAAUCUUUGGUUUAAUCACAUCUGGUCUAAAGAUCUGUAGCUAAUGUGUAGAUAGUUGGACAGAGGAGCAGGUAGUCGUGGACGUUCAUAAUCGUGCAAUACAUGUAAAAGUAAAACAACGUUUAGUCUCUCCAUUGUACAUAAUAAUAAUUUUGAAAAAAAAUCCUUGUGUUGCCAGGCAACAGCAGACACUACCACUGUGAGAGAAGAGUGGUGGGAGUAGGACGACGUUGGGAUGCUUGCGUGUCUGUGUGGUGCAGGCCAGACAUACAGUGAAGAGGAGUGGCAGCAAUGUUGCCUGGUGUUGGUGUGUUUGGCACAGGGAGUACGGCACGGGUGCUAGUUCCAUUGCUGCGGGGGGAAGGGUUUGAGGUACAUGCGCUCUGGGGGAGGAGCGAGGAGGAGGCAAGCUCCCUGGCGCAGGAGCUGGGCAUUCCGUUUCACACCAGCCAAUCGGACGAUGUCUUAUUGCACCCUGAUGUUGACCUGGUCUGCGUCUACAUCUCACCCCCACUCACACGGCAGAUUGCCGUCAAAGCCCUGGGGAUAGGUAAGAAUGUGGUAUGUGAGAAGGCUGCUACCGCUGUGGAUGCGUUCAAGAUGGUGACUGCGGCGCGGUACUACCCCCAGUUGCUGAGCAUUGUGGGUAAUGCUCUACGCUUCCUCCCAGCGUUCGUAGCAAUGCGGCAGCUGCUGGCAGAAGGAUAUGUGGGUGAGCUGCAGGUGUGUGAUGCCCGUGUCUAUGGCCCCAGUCUGCUCGAUCAAUCAUACGGCUGGACCUGCGAGGAGCUGAUGGGGGGUGGCGGGCUCCACACGUUUGGCUCUACCCUCGUGGACCUGCUGAGUCACCUGACGGGAGCACGUGCGUUGCGGGUGCACGGCCUUCUCCGGACGUUCGUGGGGCAGAACGGAGCGAUCCACGGGAUCCGUCGCGUCACCAGCGAUGACUUCAGCUUCUUCCAGAUGCUGAUGGGAGGGUCUGCUUCUGGUAGAGGAGCGGGGACUGGGACUGGGUCAGGAGUGUGCUGCACUGUGACUCUGAACUUCAACAUGCCGGGGGCCUUUGUCCACGAGGUGAUGGUUGUUGGGUCAGCAGGGAGGCUGAUUGCCAGGGGGACAGAGCUGUAUGGGCAGCGCAAUGGAGGGAAAGGAGAGGAGCUGCUGCUAGGGGACAGCGGAGGGAUGGGACAAGAGGUCAAGGAUGUCCCCCUGCCACACCUGCGGGGGCUAGGCUCCAUGGUUACGGCUCUAAAAUAUGCUUUCCAGGCACAGAAGGAGCGUCGGUCGUGGGCGCGGGGGCCGGUUGCUAUGGCGUCGACGUUUGAGGAUGGGCUGUACGUGCAGACGGUGGUGGAGGCGGUGAAACGGUCAAGCCGCAGCGGAGAGUGGGAAAGUGUGGAGGUCAUGACACAGGAACCAGAUCCCAACCAAAACCUCUGUGAGGUGCUGCAGAUAAACAAGAACUGAGUACUCGUUUAUAUACACACACACUAAUAUAAAUGACCUACAGACAGCUUCUAUGGCCUGUCUUGAGGAGACUGUCCCCUAUCAACCACUACCCUGUGUCUGGCGACCUCUUCCGUGCAUCAGGGCCACACUCAAAGCCACAGCAUCCUGCCCUGCAAGAACCCACAGCCAGGCAGACUGGUGGGCACACCUUCUACUGGAUGUGAACUCUUCUUCUCAGAGUUUUUGUGUGUGCAUGCCUGUGUGCGUUUUUACAUUUUCCAGACAAUCCGACCCUAGUUCACCUUAACGACACACAUUCCUAUCAAAUCAGUGAACACCUUGAAGGAGGAAGUGUUUAGUAUUCAUGCUACAGUUUCUCACUGUGCCUCACUACUUCUGCCGAUGAAAGAAAUGUUUGGAGUUGUUCACAUACAUGUCACAGAUUAAAUGUUGGAUUUUCUCUUACACAAAUGUGUAUUAUACACAUAAAAAACAUAGUUACUUUUAAAUAGUAACUUACUAACUCAAGAAUUUCAUUAAAAAAAUCUAACUUUACAUCAGACUGCCAUCACAGCAGUUACUCAUAUGCAACCCCCCUUGACUUUCAGUUAAUUAUUAUUUUAUAUAUUUUUGUAUUUUUUUAUUAUUGAUUGUUGAUCUAAUUUUCCAUAUCAGCAUCUCCUGUAUUGAUAACAUGCUACUACAACCCUGUGCUGUGUACAAGCCUGUGAAUAGAAUGUGUCUGACUAUAUGGUGGAAAGACUACUGUAUUUAUUUCAUUUUUACUUUUGCGUUUUUACUAAGGUUAUUUUAUUUAAGUAGUAUGUGUUCUGCAAGUGGAAAUGUGUCUGAUAAGCUAUAAAAAGUUUGUUAAUUAAUAUUUAUAUUUUGUUUUAAGUUAUUUCAGUUUUACUUGGUGUUAUCACUGUUAGACACAAUACCUGUGAUUUUGUUUUCAGUGGAGGGGACAGAGGCUGUGAAAACAUACCGUGCACUCCUGUCACCUUCCAAGUUAAUAAAUAUCUGACUAGUA